AUGUGGUACCAAAUUCUCGCACAGUUGUUCAUCCUCUCAAGGGCGUCGGCUCUAUUUAUAUUACCCAAGUUGGAAAACCCUGUUGUUGAUUUGACGUAUGCAAAAUAUGAAGGUAUUCGUGACAGAGCCUAUGGCGUUGACAAGUAUCUGGGAAUGAGAUAUGCAGAAGCACCCUUGGGGGAUCUCAGAUUCCGCGCUCCUCAAGACCCAGGACUUGUUGCGGACAUUCAGACCGCCCAGGAAUUUGGUGCAAUUUGUCUAGGAUCAGACCAAACGCCGAGCGACAACAUAAGCGAAGACUGUCUAUUUGUGAAUGUAUUCACGCCAUCCAAUGCGACCUCUAACUCGAAGCUUCCGGUGUGGCUUUAUAUCCAGGGCGGUGGCUACGCGAGCAAUGCAGAUCAUGAUUAUGAUGGAUCGAUGGUGAUUCGAGAAUCUGGCUACAACAUUAUCUUCGUCAAUUUCAAUUACCGAGUUGGUGUAUUAGGUUUCCUCGCAAGUGAACAGAUCAGAGCAGACGGAGAUCUGAAUGUAGGAUUGUUGGAUCAAAGAAAGCUUCUCUGGUGGGUUCAGGAGCACAUUUCCAAGUUUGGCGGCGAUCCUUCACGUGUCGUUAUUCAGGGGACCUCAGCCGGAUCAGGAUCGGUAACCCAUCAUCUUACGGCUUAUGGAGGUCGAGAUGAGGAGCUAUUUGUUGGUGCAGCGCCUCAGUCCAACUUCUGGCCCAGUCAGAGAACUGUUGCAGGAGCGGAAUUCCAAUUCGACCGUUUUGCCAAUGACACUGGCUGCAGUGAAGCUACCGACGUCAUGGCUUGUCUGCGAUCUGCCGACUUGGAGUCAAUAGUAGCGGGAGACACUUCGCAACCAUUACCAGGAGCCCCGACGAAUGAACCCUUUAACCAGUUUUACUGGCUUCCUGUGGUAGAUGGUGAUUUUAUCCGCGGUUCACUCUACGACCAAUUUGAACGGGGUCAGUUCGUCAAAGUCCCAGUGCUCGUGGCCAAUACCAACGAUGAAGCUUCAGUAUUUGUCACCAACCCUGCAACACCUGAUGAAAUGGCCCUUUUCUUCCGGAACUACUUCCCCAGACUUACAGAGAGCGAAGUAAAGCAAAUUCUGCAGACGUAUCCCCUCCAAGACCCAUUACCUCAGCAUGAGGCGUGGUACCCAUCUCUCUCAGCGGCAUAUGGCGACUCUAUCUUUCUCUGUCCCGGUUAUGAGGUCGCCAAGGCCGCUGCCAGGCACUUCCACUCAGACAAAGUGUGGAACUAUAGAUUCAACAUGCAGGAUCCUUCCAACAUCCAGGCUGGCUUGGGUACUAUCCAUGCAGUCGAUACUGAUGCGAUCCUCGGGCCCGGGUUCGCUGGAGGCUACGCGGGAUCAUACCUUAACAUCAACGCACCCAUUAUCCCCAUCACCAUGCACUAUUACAUCAGCUUUGUUCGAUCGGCUGACCCAAACAAGUACAAACAUGAGACAGCUCCAGUGUGGGAAUCGUGGGGCAAUGGAGGAGCCCAGGGACGACGGCUCAAGUUAGAGACAAACUCUACAUUUAUGGAGAAUAUUCCAUCACUGCAGAUCGACAGAUCCUACGCCCUGCUCACCCUCCUUGGCACCUCGGCAUACGCCGCGCCCCUUGUGGAAAGAACCUCAGUCUGGAAUGGAAACAAUGGUAUUCCAAACGGGUCGAAGAAUCUCCUUGACUACCUCGUUGGGCUAGGAGAUUAUAUCCAGAAAAUCAACAAAGCUCUCCCUGUCAGUGUUGAUGUGGACCUUCCUAUUCUCCCUGGCAAGCGUGAUAAUUCUGAGGACUGGAUAAGCUCCGAGGAUGACAUCGCCAACUACAUCGAUCGCCUUCAAGAAUAUAUUGACAAGAUCAUAGCAUCUCUCCCAGAUGGUGGGACCAAGUUGGGUCUUAGUGAACUCGGGCUAUCCAAACGCACCUGGGGCAAUGGACAUCAUCGUGGUUGGGGCAACUGGAACAAGAAUGAGAAUUCCAACGGAGGGAAUGGUCAGGGUGACAACAAUCAAGGCGGGAAUGGUCAAGGCCAGAACAAUAAUGGUCAAAACCCCAACCCCUGGCGGAAUUUCAACUGGGAUAAUGUUGAUCUCAGUAUCCUCAACGGCAAUUUCCGUGAUCUUCUCAAGAAAAUCGGUAUCAACGUCAAUGUUCCAGGAAACGGCGGUCUCUCUCUCGACCUCGGCGGCCUUUCCAUUGAGUAA